AUGACGCCGAGGACAUGCGACAACGCCAGAGAGACAGAGGACCUCAAGGCGCACAGCGUCGAAUUCCGAGUUCCCCCUGAGCGACUUGCCUUGGAGGAUGAGAAUGCUUUGGCCAAGGAAGAAGAGGCUGAAGAGAAGGUCACCACGGGCGACCGCUCUUAUUCGGCCCCUGUAGGAGACUUGACUGGUCCCAACGUCACGACACAGUCGGCGUCUAAGUGA